UUUCUGGAUAAGCUGAAGGUGGAGAAGGAGAGAGGCAUCACCGUUAAAGCACAGAGCUCUACGCUUUUCUACACACACCCUGAGACUGGCGUGGAGUACAUGAUCAAUCUCAUCGACACCCCCGGCCAUGUGGACUUCAGCUACGAGGUGUCGCGCUCAUUGGCUGCGUGUCAGGGGACG